CCACGGCCAUCUUCGCCCUCGACUAGCAUUUUUCCUUAUGGAGAAACAUUUGCUCAGCCCUGCAAUAUUUCCCGAGGUCACUCUGCAGCCACACAGACUCUUCCGGGAGGAGGGUGCGCACACGCGCCCUGAAUGAGGAAGACUGCAUUAGUAUAGUAAGCUAAUUGAGAGCAACAUGUGACAGUCAGAAAAGGACUUAUUGCAGUGCCGUUUCUGGUGACAUCGAGAAGUGUGUCUAUAACCGAUACCUGCAACCGUGGCAAACAAACGAUCGCCUUCGUUUCAGUGCUAUAAACCGAAGCUCAAAACAUGACAGGAAUGCAAACCGUUUGUUAUGUAUGAGGACCUGGAAAACUGCACGACAUUCGAUUCUAUUUGAACGUAGCUAACAUGUAUCGACGAAUGUAUUAAUUCAUUGCCUGCAUAUUGCAGAAGAAGAAUCGCUAAGGAUUUAGCCACAUUGGAGCAGUAGGUUAUGAUGUCAGGGCUUGAAACAGCGAAUGGGGUUUAUGAUCGAUUUAACUUCAGAAAACCUACCUCGCGUGCUUUUUCCCUAUCCAUAACCUAAUAAGAAAUGCUCAAUUAAACCAGCUACAAUACUGAGAGCCUUGCAGAUUGGGGUAAAUAUCGGAUAUCCUAAACAAUAGCAUAUUGACUUUGAGAUGUCAUUUAACAGUCUACCGACGUUGGAUAGUUGUAGGCCUAUGCCUAAAAUGCACGUCUUUCUUAGCUGGGCACAGACCUUGAAUGUAAUGUAGCCUAAUAUACACAUGUACCAAAAUGCUACCAGGAUCUAUUCAAAUAACUGGAGAGACACUGUCGGGAGCUGAGAUCAAGGAUAUUUGUGACAGCCUGAAAGAGAACAGUGUGAGGCUUCUGUCUAUCAGGGGAUGUCAGCUUUCGGACCGAGACUUUGGACGGGUGUGUCGUGGUGUGGCGGAGUCCCACUCACUGGCGCAACUCAAUAUGAACCUCGGUGUGGUCUCCACCAUCAACCGAACCAAGCAUCUCGCAGAUGCACUCAAGACAAACAGAUCGAUCCAGACCCUUUUUCUCCAUGGAAGCCCCCUCCUAGAUGCAGGAUUGGUCACACUCAACACUGCAUUGUCCACUCACCCUUCACUGGUGUCUCUGGACCUGGGUGACUGUAUGCUGGGAGAUGAGGCACUGCGGCUUAUCUGUGGCAUGCUGCCUCCGGACGGGGCCAAAUCAGCCUGUCCCACAGGGCUUAGGGAGCUGACUCUGAGUGCGAACCCCUGCAUCACAACCAAGGGCUGGGCCCGCCUGGCCAUUGCUGUGGCCCACAGCUCCCAGCUCCGAGUCCUCAACCUGGACUACAACCCCCUGGGGGACCAGAUUGCAGGUAUGCUAGCAGUUGCUGUGGCGUCCAGCAGAACUCUGGAGGUGUUGGAUCUGGAGGGAACAGGACUCACAAAUCAGUCAGCACAGGUCUUCCUCGAAAUGGUGGAGAACUACCCCACCUGUCUGCGAGUGCUGGUCCUGGCUGAGAACGCCAUCAGCCCCGAGCUGCAGCAGCAGAUCUCAGACCUGCUCUCCGAGGGAGAGGAGGAGGACGACAAGGAGGGCGAGGCACGAGGCAGCGCUGCCAUCCCCACUAGGGAGAAAACGGCCUGGAUCCCCCACAGCAGUAAAGGCUGACCUGACCAACUAAAAUGGUCUCCUUCCCUGUCCUUUCUUAGUUAUAGUCUAGAUAGGACAGUUUUUCCGAUUCUAAAUAAAUCAUUUUGUAUAAUAAGCGUCUAUAAACCUGAAACAUCGGUAUAGGUGAUGACCUCAAAAAAUGAUGACUGAUUUUCAAUCAAUCUCUAGUAUUGGGGGGAAACAAACUAACCCAUUUGCUUAAGAAUGAGGCCUGCUAGCUCUGUUUGUGCUUUGGCCAACUCUGUUUGUGCUUUGGCCAACUCGCUCGUUGUCAUCCCUUACAAGUUCAAAGGAGUUGGCUAGAGCACUAACAGAGCUAGCAACCAGGCUAGUUGUAGAGUUGUAGAAGUCUUAAACUCGUUUCCGUUGUCUCUGCCCAUUGCAGACUCCCACCCCCAAAUGGUCCUGCUGACGUCAGCUCUAGGUGAGAGCCUACUGGCUGAGAUUGAGAUGUGAUUCCACAGCCUUCCUACAUUUUUGUUUUUUACCUCCUUUCUUUAUGCUAAUCUGCACAUAAUAGAGUUGCAAUAUCACCUGGUAGCGUGCAAUCAAUCACACUUUUUGCAUGACUUGUAGCACUUGUACAUAACAGAAUAUGUUUUGGAGCAGGCACAAAAUUCUUAACACACACACCAAGUGACUUAUAGGCAAUAGGGAAUUUAUUUAUUUUAAACAUGUAAAGUCUAUUUAUAGUUCCUAUUUAAAGGUUUAUGUAACCAAUUAAAGUCUGUUUGCUUUGAUAGAUCGACUACAUAGGAUUGUUGUGAUGGUCUGAUGUGAUGUCAGAAUAAAUCUGUUUACAUCUUCUUAAA